AUGGCUGUUGUUUUACUGGUCAUAUUUGCCAUGAUCCUAAGUGUGGAGUUUGUACUUGGAAAUCUGGUCAAUGGAUUCAUAGCGUUGGUAAACUGCAUCGACUGGAUCAGGAGAAGAAAGCUCUCUUUCAUGGAUCAGAUACUCACAGCUUUGGCCAUCUCCAGAAUUGGACAGCUGUGGUUCGUAUUCUUUAUUACGUUUGUUUCUGUGCUUUCCCGAGCUUUACUUGUCACCAACAACAUGUCCAAAAUAAUCAUUGGUAUCUGGAUCAUAAUCAAUCAUUUUAGUGUGUGGCUGACCACCAGCCUCUGCAUCUUUUAUCUUUUCAAGAUAGCCAUUUUUACUAGCUCUGUUUUCCUCUACUUAAAGCGGAGAGUUGAAAAGCUGGUCGUAGUGACGUUGCUGCUAUCUUUGGUCCUCUUGUUUCUGAAUAUUGCAGUGAUCAGCACAUUUAAUGAUGUCAGUAAAAGAAACCUGACUUACAGUUCUAGUUCCAGGAAGUCUGUACACCUUCCAGGUAUUAUUGUAUUCAGCAACAUGAUGUUCACGAUCUUUCCUUUCAUGGUAUCUCUGACAACCUUCUUCCUGCUCAUCUUCUCCCUGUGGAGACAUCUCAGGAAGAUGCAGCUCAAGGCCACAGGGUUAAGAGACGCCAGUACCAAAGCCCAUUUACAAGGCUUGCAGACCGUGAUCGCGUUCCUUGUGCUCUAUACCAUUUUUUCCCUGACUCUUCUCUUGCAAGUUUGGAGCCAUAACCUGCUGGAGAAUGUCCUAGGCAACAUGAUUUGCCAGGUUUUCUCAAUGGCUUAUCCUUCAGGCCACUCGCACCUGCUCAUCCUGGGAAACACUAAGCUGAGACGGGUCUCACUCUUGGUGCUCAGUUGGCUUAAGGUGCAGGCACAAAGCAGAGGCUGA